AUGGCGCGCCUAAAGAUGAAGAAGCUGGAGGAGUAUCUGCAAUGUGUGGAUCACUUUGAGCAGCCAAAGAUUCUGCUGGAGCAGUAUCCGACCCCGCCGCACAUAGCUGCCUGCAUGACGCAUCACAUGCAGGCACAGCACGACGACAUCGAUGGCAAGUUUGUCGCGGAUCUGGGCUGCGGUUGCGGCAUGCUGAGCAUUGGUGCUGCUCUCCUUGGAGCGCAACUGACUGUUGGCUUUGAGUUGGACGACGCUGCUCUGAACAUUUACCGCCAGAAUGUAAUCGACAUGGAACUGCCCGGUGUGGAUGGUGUGCGUGUCAAUGUGCUGCACUUGGCUGGCAGCAAGUGGGACAAUGUGUUCGACACGGUGCUCAUGAACCCCCCCUUCGGUACCAAGCACAAUGCCGGAAUGGAUAUGCGCUUCCUCGACGUGGGCAUGCGACUGGCCACAGGCGCUGUCUACUCCCUACACAAAACCUCCACGCGCACAUAUAUCCAGAAAAAGUCCAAGGAGUGGGGUGCCCGGGGCAAUGUGGUUGCCGAGCUGCGCUAUAAUAUCGAUGCCAGCUACAAAUUUCACAAGCAGAAGUCCAAGGAUAUUGAGGUGGACUUUUGGCGCUUUGAUGUCAGCGACCUGUGA